CGCCGACCGGUCUGGAUGACGCUGCGGCUCCCCACGACACCAGGCCUACUCUACCAGACACCCUCGACGCUGGACGCAUCCACCCGCCGGCACUAGAAGCAUAAAUUCGAAAUGCCUCUUCACCUCCUCGGCAAGAAGUCAUGGAACGUCUACAACCAAGACAACAUCGCACGCGUCCGGCGCGAUGAAGCACAGGCCAAAGCGCAGGAAGAGGAGGAGGAGCGUCGCAUGCAGGAGGAAGAUGCCGAACGAAGGAUACAAAUUCUCCGUGGGGAACGACCCUCCACCCCCCCUCCGCCACCCCCGGCGCCGUCCGCCUCCCACCGAGAUAAGAAAGACCCCGCAGAUAAUGCAGGGAGAAUCAGAAAGCGGAGACGCAUUGCAGGGGAGAACGACACGGAUAGGGAUAUCAGAUACGCGCGGGAGGAUGCACAGUUGGUGCUGGCGAAGCAGGAACAACACCCCCCGGCUCGUUCAAGCGACGCGCCGCUUCACGAUAGCACUGGUCAUAUCGACCUCUUUCCCACAGAAAAGAAGCGCAAGCCGGUAGAAAAGAAUGCCGAGGCGGAGAAAGAAGCAGCUGAAAAGCAGCAAAGGUUUGAGGACCAAUACACAAUGCGAUUCUCCAAUGCGGCGGGCUUUCGACAAUCUGUCGGCCAGGACCCCUGGUACUCAUCUUCGCAGCGCGAGGCCAUGGCACCAGAGUCUAUUCCUAGCAAGAAUGUGUGGGGUAAUGAGGAUCCCCUAAGGCAAGAAAGAGAGAAGGCUCGACUGAACGCCAACGACCCUCUCGCGGCGAUGAAGAAGGGUGUCCGCCAGUUGAGAACGGUCGAACAAGAGAGGAAGAGAUGGAAUGAGGAGCGAAGCCGAGAGCUAGAGUCAUUGAAAGCUGCAGAGAGGAGCCGAUCUCGUCACCGCAGCCGAAGGUCGCUGUCCCAAGAUAGCCUGGAAGAUUUUAGGCUUGAUGCUUUACCAGGCAAGCGUCGGGAAGACAGGGAUCGGACGUCUCACCGACACCAUAGGCAUCACGGAGAUAGAAGCCGAGCUCACUCGGAUGGACGACAUACUCAUUCUAGUUCACGUUCCCAUCGUCACCGGCAUGACCGGCACAGUCGAAGUGGUGACACAAAACGCCAUGGUGCAGAUUACAGGGUGAGACACGAACCGCCGGAAUAAUGUGCUCAACGUGGUUCCGCUCCGCAUAAUGCCUUUAUGAAACAGUCUUAGAUACAUUUUACGAGACGAAAUUAGGGGAGAAUGCUUUCACGCUGAUCAUGA